AUGGAGGAGGAAACACUUCUGGAAUUUGAUUUAGUAAACAUGUCAAAUAUUUCCAAUUGGCUAAAAUAUCUCUCCUGUCAUAAACGUCAUCGUAAACGUGGAAAAGAUGGUGAUUCGAACUGCACUAACUGUGUAAACAAACAAAGCCCAGACAAUAUUAAACAGAUUGACCAGGAUGAAAGUGUUAAGGAGACUUUAUCACUGUCAACUAUUAGUCAUAUUCCUGGUGUUGGAGACGGAGGUUCAGCAAGUUUAGGUGACUGGUCUGCUGUUCACCAGCUUGAUGGAAUCGAUGCCUCAAAAGUGAACCUAUUAUGUGAUGGCAACAGCAAUAAUACAUCCUCUUUACUGGGUGUUCUCAACCGAGUAGAAUUCUGUGAUCGCCUAGAGUCCAUAGUUGUUCGGCUUGAAAAGAUAGCGCAAGCAAUGAUUCCAGAAAAAACUACUGGACUGAUUGCUUUUGAAUCACUUAUUGCUAAUAGCCUAAAGAAUUACAUUGCAUGUAGUAGAAAGUUGGGAGGAAACAUACAAUCUCAGCUACUUGAUUUUAACUGGUUUGCUGCUUCACUUGCUGGUCGUACCAAUAUAAACUCUUGUUAUUUAUUUAAUAAUGUAUCUCCAAAGAUAUGAGAGAAUAUGGCUGAAUGUUUAUUCAUCAUACCCACCAACGUCGUUCUCUCAUUCAUUUGUUCGAGAUUUAAUUUCUCUAAUGACGUAUCUUUUAGUUUAUUUUAAGCUCUAAAAUUACUGCAAGCGUCAAAGUGUACAUUAUCGAACACCUGGAACCGUACCGAAAGAACAAGAAUCGA